CGCGGCGGCGGGGGAGAGCGGGGAGAGCGGGCUCUACCCGCAGCAGCCCGCGGCCUGUCGGCCGGCUCUUCAUGGUUGUAUCUGGGCCCGGCCCGCGACAGAGGGGUUGAUCGCGGUCAGCCGGAGGUGUGCAGUCUGAGACAGCUCCUGUUUUUAUGGCUGUGUACGUGGAUAAUCGAACAGAUGCUCCUGAUUCUGUUGCCUCCCCUUCCCAUAUAGCAUGGCACCCACUUCAUCCACUCCUGGCAGUUGCUUCUAUCAGCACAGCAGGUGGGGGCUGUGUGGAUAUCUACCUGGAACAGGGAGAACAUGUGCCUGAUUGCCAUGCUGAGAGAAGCUUUCAGGUCACAUUACUUGCCUGGCACCCUUCCAGACCCAUUCUGGCAUCAGGAUGGGAGACAGGAGGAGUUCUGAUACUGAACAAACAAGACAAGGAGCAGCACACUGUACCCCCAAAUCACAGCGCCAAAAUCACAGUCCUGAGCUGGAGUACAAGUGGUACCUGCCUUGUGUCUGGGGAUGCACACGGUGUCUUGUGUCUGUGGAAAAUGGACCAUCGGGGCAGAGUGCAGGGUCCUGCCCUGGUUAAGCAGGAGUAUGGGAAAUGCUUGUGGCACUGUGUCUUUUGGCCACCCCCUCCUAGUGAGGACUUUGUACAGCUGGCAAAAGCAGCUGUGAGUGGUGAUGAGAAAGCCUUGGAUAUGUUUAACUGGAAGAAAGCUGGAAUAGGACCACCUCUGAAAACAGCAGUCCAGGAAGGACUCUCCUUCUUUAUCACUUUGGCAGAUGGUUCUGUGCACUAUGUGAAUGAGAAAGGGAAGACAAGGCAGGUAUUGUCUACGGACAGUCUGGUCCGAAAGCUCCUGUUGCUGGAGGAAAGAGAUGUUUUACUUGUAAUAACAGAGACUCUGCAGUUGUCUUUACAUGCAGUUUCUCCCGAGGGAGAAGCAGAAGAGCUCAUGAAGGUGAAGUUGAGUGGGAAGACUGGUCAUUCUGCAGACAUGAUUCUAGUAGACCAUAGCCUGGUUGUUACAGCACUAGGUGAGACAGUCAUCAGGUUCUGGGAUUUGGAUCAAGAUGAGAACUAUGUGCUCUCCCUAGAUAUGCAAUUUGGCUUUGAGGGGGGAGAAUGUAUUAACUGUGUCUCUUACUGCAGUGCUAAAGGUAUCUUGGCAGCUGGAACCAGCAAGGGGAGAGUAGCAAUGUGGAAGAAAGCAGCAGGAUCUCAUCAGAGCACAUGGGCUUCAGAAGGCAAGGAGAAGUGGAAGUUCCAGGCAUCUACAGAACUUGAAGGAAAUGUCACUCAGAUAAAGUGGGGGUCCCGAAAAAACCUGCUGGCAGUGAACAACAUCAGCUCUGUGGUGAUCCUCAGUGAGCAGGCCAUGUUGGCACACUUUCAUCAGCAGGUGGCCGUGGUACAGGUGUCUCCCAACCUCUUCAAUGUGACGAUCUUCAGCACAGGAGCCACUCACAGCCUUCGUGUUGACAUGAAUGCUAGUGGAGUCUUUGCUACUCAGGAUGCUGUAGUAUUCUGGAAUGGGAAACAAGUGGCUGUCUUUGAGUGCUCAGGAGAUACCUUCAGAAGUGCAGGCUCUUUCCUUUGUGACUCUCCAGUUCUGUGUGUUCAUGGAGAAAAUCUGUACACAGUGGAGCCAUAUCGGAUCCAGGUCCGCACCUGGCAGGGCACAGUUAAACAGCUGCUCGUGUUCUCUGAAGCAGAGGGGAAUCCGUGCCUCCUGGAUGUCUGUGGGAAUUUCCUGGCUGUGGGAACUGAUUUGGCUCACUUGAAAAUCUUUGAUCUCUCACGCAGAGAGGCAAAAGUGCACUGCAACAGCAAGAGUUUAUCCAAGCUGCUUCCUGGCCACGGAGACAUUUUGUCUGUGAAGUGCAAUGCUAAUGGCAGCAAAGUCAGCAUCCUUGUCAGCAGGGUGGAUGGGAACAUUGAUUCCAAGAUCUGUUUCUAUGAUGUUGAAAUGGACCAAGUUACGCUCUUUGAUUUCAAGGCUGAACAGGGAGAUGGUAGAGAGAACCUUUCUGCUGGACAAAGCAUUGGCAAGUUUGCAGUGGAGUAUCCAGAGUUGCACAGUCACAUCCCUGCUUGCCAUUUCUGGGACCAGAGUGAACCAAGACUUUUUGUAUGUGAAGUAAUUCCCGAAACAGGCCUCCAACCUCCAGACCAAAAGAAAAUCCAGGCUGAGGGCAAAAUGGAUGUUUGGAUUAUAUCAUUCUUCAGCACUGAAGAGCAUGGCCUCUUGCUGCAGGACAGCUUUCCAUUGCCUUCAUCCUACCAGCUUCUUCUUGGCAUAGAGGUGCCACAUUAUUACUUUGCAAAAAAGCUGGGAGAAGCUGAGAAGGGAGCAUCAGAGUCUGGCUCAGGAACAGUCUCUCAGAUGGCUGCAAGAAGACCCAUGAGAGAUUUCACUGGACUGGGAGACUGUGAUAAGACCACCCAGGAUGCCAUGCUGAACUUCAGCUACUAUCUCACUGCUGGAGACAUGGACGAGGCCUUCAAAUCCAUCAAGCUGAUAAAAAGUGAGGCUGUCUGGGAGAACAUGGCUCGCAUGUGUGUGAAGACUCAGAGGCUUGAUGUUGCCAAAAUUUGCCUGGGGCACAUGGGUCAUGCCAGAGGAGCCAAGGCACUGCGGGAGGCUGAGCAAGAGCCAGAGCAGAAGGCCAGGGUGGCUGUGCUGGCCAUCCAGCUGGGCAUGCUGGAGGACGCAGAGCGGCUGUACAAGGAUUGCAGACGCUAUGACCUCUUGAACAAGUUCUACCAGGCCUCCAACCAGUGGCAGAAAGCCAUCGAGACGGCCGAGGCUCACGACCGGGUUCACCUGCGCACCACCCACUACAACUACGCCAAGCACCUGGAGGCAACCGGGCAGCAGAGCCUGGCACUCACCCACUAUGAAAAGUCAGACACACACAGGUUUGAGGUACCUCGAAUGCUCUCUGAAGACUUACAAGCACUGGAGAACUACAUCAACAAGAUGAAAGACAAGAGCCUGUGGAAGUGGUGGGCACAGUACUUGGAGAGCCAGUCAGACAUGGAGUCCGCAUUAAAAUACUAUGAACUGGCUCACGAUUAUUUUUCCCUAGUCCGUGUUCACUGCUUUCAAGGCAACAUUGAGAAGGCUGCUGAAAUAGCAAAUGAAACGGGGAAUGGGGCAGCCUCCUAUCACCUGGCACGCCAGUACGAGAGUCAGGAGGACAUCAAGCAGGCCGUGCACUUCUACAGCCGGGCCCAGGCGUUCAACAACGCCAUCCGCUUGUGCAAGGCGAAUAAUUUAAAUGAUCAGCUGAUGAACCUGGCUCUCCUGAGCUCACCAGAAGACAUGAUAGAGGCAGCCUGCUAUUACGAGGAAAAGGGGGAUCAAAUGGACAGAGCUGUUAUGUUAUACCACAAGGCAGGACACUUCUCCAAAGCCCUGGAGCUGGCCUUCGCCACGCAGCAGUUCGGGGCCCUGCAGCUCAUUGCUGAGGACCUGGAUGAGAAAUCCGACCCAGCCCUGCUCGCCCGCUGCUCCGGCUUCUUCAUUGAACAUGCUCAGUAUGAGAAGGCAAUGGAGCUGCUGCUCACAGCCAAGAAGUACCACGAAGCUCUGCAGCUCUGCCUGGAGCAGAAUCUAACCAUCACCGAGGAGCUGGCUGAGAAGAUGACAGUCUCCAAGGAAUCCCAGGAUCUCUCUGAGGAGUCCCGGAGAGAGCUGCUGGAGCAAAUUGCUGACUGCUGCAUGAGACAAGGCAACUACCACAUUGCCACCAAGAAAUACACACAAGCAGGAAACAAAUUAAAGGCUAUGAGGGCAUUACUGAAAUCUGGAGAUACUGAGAAAAUUAUCUUCUUUGCGGGAGUUUCCAGACAGAGAGAAAUUUAUAUCAUGGCAGCCAACUACCUGCAGUCACUGGAUUGGCGCAAGGACGCAAAGAUUAUUGCAAAUAUCAUCAGCUUCUACACCAAAGGAGGAGCCCUUGACCUCCUGGCAGGUUUCUAUGAUGCAUGUGCUCAGGUAGAAAUCGAUGAGUAUCAGAACUAUGAAAAAGCCCACAGAGCACUGGCAGAAGCAUACAAGUGCCUUUCCAAAGCAAAGGUCAGAAGCCCUGUGGAACAAGAAAGCAAACUUGGUCAACUGCAGAGCAGGAUGAGUCUGAUGAAGCGGUUCAUCCAUGCUCAGAGAGUUUACCCUGAAGACCCUAAAGAAGCAGUCAGGCAGUGUGAGCUGCUCCUGGCUGAACAGGACUUUGACAAUGCCGUCCGGCAUGGCGACGUCCUGGGAUUUUUGGUUCAGCAUUAUGCACAAGUGGAGGAAUUCCAUACAGCUUAUCGCUACCUGGAAGAGAUGCAGAAAAGAAUUCCAGCCUCAAACCUGAGCUACUAUGUGUCCCCACAGACCAUGGAGGCUGUGCACCGAGGAGCUGGUGUUCCCAUGAGCCAAGCCCAGGCCACAGCACACUCUGGCCAUGGCAGCAUGGACAACAGGGAGGAGGAAGAAGUGGCUGAUGAAGUGGAGGACCCCUGACAAUGAUCAUUUACCAAAUGCAAAGCUGACUUGAUUAUCAGCUCAUUUAUUCCAUCCUCAUUAGGGGGGACCAGAUCAAUCAUGCCAUUGCCAUACAGUUUUUUGGUUAUUACCAAGAAAUUUCUUUUUCCUGCUUGACUGUAUAAGCAACAGUAUUAGAGUUAAUACGUUCUCUCAAGCACAGCAUACAGCAAUUCACAUGUACAUUCUAUUAGAAAGCUGGUUUUAGUAUUUUAAUAAAUUUGAGGCAGAAAAACCCAGUAAGAACUGCAUAUUGUAACUUCACUUUUUCUCAGUACAGAAGAGCUGAAUAACUGAGAUGGAAACUGUGAGUUGCCUUUCAAGUACAGCUGUGAUCUGCUAAGGUGCAGAUCUGUGAUUCCUUAGAAGUGAGACCUUCUGAAACAAUCCCCAUUCCAUUUGGGUAGGAGUUUGGUUAAAAUCAAACUACCCUCUCCUGCAGGCUGAAGGCAGAGUUUCCCCAACAAAAGCUUCUCUGUUCAAAUACAUCAGAGGGUCAUGUGGGCUAGAGCAACUCCUUACAGACAUCUGGGGUAAACCUCACAGUCACAGAAUGCCUGGGUUGGAAGGGAUCUUGGAUGCCCCCUAGUCCAAUCUCUGCUCAAGCUUUCUUUCUUUCUUGCUUUGAAGCUCCUUCUCUUGCAGUUACAUCAAGCCACUCUGUACUAGUCAUAUUUUUGGAUGUCAGUUUCUUCCCUGGCACAAGCACGACUGAGAGAAGUGAAGCUCAACGUCAGAACCAAGGUUCUGCUCACCUCUCUGCCUGUCCCGUGCCCUGCCAAGGAGCAGUUACGGUCACUCACAUUUCUUACCAACUAGCCCUUACACUUAGAAUGAUUUUUCUUUUUCAUGUUUUGUGACUUGCUUUAAAACUUGGGGUGAACAUGAAGUUUCUAAAUUGCUUUCAGGGAAGAAGGUUUGGGGAGAUUUUAAAGUCAAAAUCUGAACAUUAUUUAUUCUUUAGUAGAAACUUCUGUACUAAGAUUAUACAAAAAGAAUUCCCUGUCUUAUUCCUUCCUAGCCACAGUCCAGCUCUAGCUCAGGCUGUUGAAGUCUGGCAUACUUUCAGCACUUCAGUGUAGUUAUCCAGUGCUUGCAUCCCAUCAGCAGUGCCAUAUCUUCCACUCCUUCCAGCAGCAGACCAAGAGCUGGCUCCCCAAACUCCAGCUGCUCAGGGACGUAAGGGGCAGGUCAUAGUGGCAAGCGGCCCUCCCCAGCCCUCCUGUGUUUUUGACAAGAAGGCUCUGUGAGAUCUUCCGUGUAUUUUCAGCUGAGUGCUCAGAGCUGCCAAGGUUAUAAAUAGCUGGGGUGGGGGCUGGGGGCGCGGGAGGAUGGCAGCACUCGCCACCUUCCUGCAUCUGUACACGCUGUACCGGAUACCCAGAGCUCACUCAAUUGGCCUCCACUACAAAGUCCAGAUGUCAAGUCAGGCUCGCUGGCUUACAGCUCAGCACCCUUCCCCCUUCUUCCUCUCCUCCAGCCAGGUGACUGCUGAAGAGGCCCCAGCAGUGCCCAAAUACAUCCAGCUGGCAAGAGCACAAGGAAAAGGUC